AUGCAGAUGGACGUGGGAGUCAACUGCAGUCAUAGUCAGAGAGGGCAUGGAAAGGUCACGAGAUUCUGGAAGAACUUCCCAAGAACUUCCCACACUGGUGCUAGCCACACGGUCUUCUGCUUGCUGGGCAUCCCUGGCCUUGAAGACCACUACAUGUGGAUUUCCAUCCCCUUUGUUAUUUCCUAUGCCGCUGCCUUGCUUGGGAACAGCCUGCUCCUCUUCAAUAUCCUCACCAAGCGCAGCCUCCAUGAACCCACGGACCCCUUCCUCUGCAUGCUGUCCGGAGCAGACCUUGUCCUCUCCAAGUGCAUAGUGCCUCAGGCCUUGGCGAUCCUCUGGUUCCAUGCUGGAGAGCUCUCCCUGGAUCGCUGCAUUUCUCAGGUAUUCUUCCUGUCUUCCACUUUCAUUUACGAGUCUGGGAUCUUGCUGGUGAUGGCAUUUGACUGCUACACUGCCAUAUGCUACCUGCUGUGAUACACCACUCUUCUGACACAUACACUGAUAGGGAAAAUUCAUAUAUCCAUCUUCCUAAGAAGUUAUUGUACAGUUUUUCCUGUAAUAUUUCUUCUGAAAAGACUGACUUUUUAUAAGAGUAACAUCCUCCCAAACACUGCUUGUAAACACGUUGUCCUGGCAAAAAUUUCCUGCAAUGAUAUCCAACGAAACGCUGGAAAAGGAAGUUUUGUCCUAAUGUUGACCUUGGUCUUAGAUGUUGUGCUAAUCUUUGUUUCAUACACGCCUGUUCUCCAUGCUGUCUUCCACAUCCCUUCCCAAGAUGCUCCUCACAAAACUCUCAACACAUGUGGCUCCCACAUCUGUGUCAUCAUCCUCUUUCAUGGACCUGGGAUCUUCUCAGUUCUCACUCAGUGGUUCGGAUACCACAUUCCACUCCAUAUUUACAUUCUUCUGGCCAAUGUCUAUAUUCUCAUUCCACCUACAUUAAAUCCCACGGUUUAUGGCAUUAAGACCAAGCAGAUUCAGGACCUGGUAGUUCAAUUGCUGUUUCCAAAGCAGAUACGACUGUCAUAA